AAUUGACUGAGGUUUGGACGACCUAAAUCUGCCUACCUGCCUGCAUGAGUAUGACACAACAAGAGUUGACCGAGGAGGGACUACCUAAACAUGAAUACCUGCCUGGCAGCCAUCCCCAGCUAGAUAGAUAUCCAACAUGGUGGAAGAUGGCACUAAGAAUGGAGGAAGAAGAAAGGAGAUGUCGGAAGGCAGGAGAUACUGUGGCUGGUCCCGUUUCCGUUGCUGUUUCCUCAUCCUGCUCCUCACAGCAAUGGUCUUCUUCUACUUCGGCGAUCGGUCAGUAGAGUGGGUCCCAACACUAGACAGGGCCUCAAAAUGGUGGGCAGAAUUCCGUGGUGGUUCACCAAGCAGAUCUGGUUCUACCAACACCAGUAGGGAAGUAGUUUCUCUAAACUCCACUGAUUUUACCAUAGACGCUCAUGAAACUGCAUCUGCCAAUUCAACAGAUCGUCAGACUUCACUUAUCCACUCUACUCAGCAGGCCAUCAAACUCAACACAACACAUAAUGAAACUAGUUCCGUCACGUCUGCAAUGACCAUCACUGAUCUGAUCACAGAGGUCAAGGCAGUUCGGUCCACUCCUCCUCCGUAUGUGUCCCCAGGACCGUACCAUGUAGAAUACCCAUCAGAGUACAUCUUCAUCCUGGAUGAGCCAGAGAAAUGUCGGGAGCAGAACCCCUUCCUGGUUCUGAUGGUGCCAGUGGCGCCCUAUAACAGGGACGCUCGGGAGGCCGUCCGCAGUACUUGGGGCAGUGAGAGGCAGGUACUGGGCAAAGAGGUCCGUCUGUUCUUCCUGCUGGGACUGCCCAGUGGAGAGGAGACAGAGCAGCUCCAGGAGAAGGUGCUGCAGGAGAGCAAAGAGCACCAGGAUCUGCUGCAGAGCGACUUCAUAGACGGCUACAAAAACCUGACCAUCAAGACCAUGGUGAUGAUGGAGUGGCUGAGCUCUCGCUGCCCCAACGCCUCCUACGCCAUGAAGAUCGACUCAGACAUGUUCCUCAACGUGAACACCUUGGUCAACAUGCUGCUUCACGCUCCAAAACAGAACUACCAGACUGGACUAGUGGCCCAAUGGGGCGCCGUUCUAAGAGACCGUAACUCCAAAUGGUACCUUCCAAUGGAGGUGUUUCCUGAACCAGUAUAUCCACCUUACGCUCUGGGCCUGGGCUAUGUCUUCACCUUAGACCUCCCCAGGAAGCUGGUGGAGGCGUCCAGGCAUGUUAAAGCCGUCUACAUAGAGGAUGUGUAUCUGGGACUGUGUAUGAGACACCUGGCCAUCCGGCCUACUGACCCCCCCAGUGGAAACCUCUUCCAGGUUUUCCCUGUGGCUUAUGACCGCUGCACCUACUCACGGCUGAUAGCCACCACCACAAACAGUAUCACUGACCAGGUCAAUGCAUGGAAAGACCUACACAAACCUGGUCCUCCCUGCUGAUCUCAUACAGUAACAGACUGACUGAUGUACCAAUCACUUCCUCAUUGUUUGUUCAACCACUAACUAACAAACAAACUAAGAAGGCGACGUCUCCAAGGUGAUGGGGAAAGGAUAUACAACAUUUCUGGAUGAUCUGAAAACAGCUGUGCAGCAACACUCCCCAUCCAACCUGACAGAGCUUGAGAGACUCUGCAAAGAAGAAUAGGAGAAACUCCCCAAAUACAGGUGUGCCAAGCUUGUAGCAUCAUACCCAAGAAGACUCAAGGCUGUAAUCACUGCCAAAGGUUCUUUAACAAAGUACUGAGUAAAGGGUCUGAAUACUUUCGUGAAUAAAAUAUUUCAGUUUUUAUUUUUAAUAAAUUAGCAAAAAUUUCUAAAAUCCUGUUUUUGCUUUGUCAAUAUGGGGUAUUGUGUGUAGAUUGAUGAGGGGAAAUAACUAUUUAAUACAUUUUAGAAUAAGGCUUUAACCUACCAAAAUGUGGGAAAAGUCAAGGUAUCUGAAUACUUUCCAAAGGCUCUGUAUACCUUGGUGAAGAACAUUUACACCCUGAAGGACCAGUUUCUUCACGUUACGUCCUUUGGGAGAAUGUUCAUUUUCUCUGAACCAAGGCAGACACCUUGCCUCACCGGUUUUUCCUUCAAAAGCCUUUUUUAAACAAAGACUGAGAGCAGCAGUUAUCUGUCUAACCUGGACUAAGAAAUGGAUUCACCGGGUUGGGUCUGUCUGUGGUGAAUGUGUGUACUACACUGAAGCAGCAAACACCCAGAACAAGUUAAACAGGUUUAUUGUAAUAGAGACUAGUUGGCUGUGUUUAGACAGGCAGACCAGUU